GUUGGGCCGGGUGCCCGCGCGUGGCCGUGUCUGAGCGCAUCCCUCUCUGCUCUUCCAGGGGAGUCCCUGCACGGGUACAGGAUCUGCAUCCAGGCCCUGCUGCUGGACAGGCCCAAAAUCGCCACCGCGAACCUGGGCAAGUACCUGGAGCUGCUGCGCUCCCACCAGAACAGGCCGGCCAAGUGCCUGACCAUCCUGUGGGCGCUGGGCCAAGCCGGCUUCACUGACCUCGCUGAAGGCCUGAGAGUGUGGCUCGGAGUUAUGCUCCCGGUGCUCGGGAUCAAGGCGCUGUCCCCGUACGCUGUUGCCUACCUGGACCGUCUGCUGAUGAUGCACCCAAACCUGACCAAAGGCUUCGGUAUGAUCGGACCCAAGGACUUCUUCCCCCUCCUGGACUUCGCCUUCAUGCCCAACAACUCGCUGUCGCCCAGCCUGCAGGAGCAGCUGCGGCGGCUCUACCCGCGCCUGAAGGUGCUGGCGCUGGGCGCGAGGCCGGAGGCGACACUGCACACCUACUUCCCCUCCUUCCUGUCCCGCGCCACGCCGAGCUGCCCGCCCGCCAUGCGCAAGGAGCUCCUCGCCUCCAUGAGCCAGUGCCUGAGCCUGGACCCGCUGAGCUUCAGCGUCUGGAGGCAGCUCUACACCAAGCACCUCUCCCAGUCCAGCUUGCUCCUGAACCACCUGCUGGAGUCCUGGGACAACGGCAGCAGGAAGGUGCGGCAGUCCCUGCAGGAGACGGUUCGCUCCUUCAAGGUGACGAACGAGGAGCUGGCAGCGCGGGGGCCGGGCAGCGAGCAGGACGUGGCAGCGUGUGAUGCCGCCUGCAAGGUGCUGCUGCAGAAGAUGAAGGGCGGCGGCUUCCCCUGGUCCCGGCUGCUCCUCAUCGGCCUGGUGUUCGCCGUCGGCUUCCUCCUGCACGACGUCCGGACGCACGGCUCGCUGCAGGCCUCCACUUCUGCUCGCGUGCUCCGCUCCUCCGGCAUCCUGUCUGCCUCGCAGCAAGCCUGGCACAAGGCGUCCCACUACGCCCUGCAGGGGUACAGGUGGUUGGAGAGCACCCUGCCCGCCUGCUGCGCCCGGGGGGCCGCCGUCCUGCAGCCCGCUCUGCAGCUGCUCUGGGCGAAGACGGCGGAGCUGGCGCUGCGCGUCUCCGAGCUGUGCUCCUCGCACCUCGCCUGGGCACGGGACCACCUGCCCUGGCUGCUGGAGUGGCUCCAGUCCCGGGUGCCCGAGGCCGUCCUGCACUUUGCCGAGUGCGUCCGGGAGCUGCUGCUCUUCCUGCUGCGGAGCUGCCUGCUGCCACUCCUGGAGCACGGUGCUGCUGCCCUGCAGCGGGGCUGGGAGCACUGCCUGCAUGCCUGCCACGGCGAGGUGUCGUGGGCCUGCCUGAGAGCACAGCUGAGCAGCCUCACCUACUCCUCGUGGGCGUACCUGCAGAACACCACCCUGGCCGUCACAAACUGGGCCUCGGCCAUGAUCUCCGGACACUGAGCUGCUGCCCGAGCCUGGGGCCGUGCUGGAGCCACCGUGGGGCUGCGGCCCCCAGCAGCACGGCGGGGCCCUGGGGCCCUCGGGCUGCACGGCGCUGGGGGGCCUUGGUGCGGGGCUGUGCUCGCCCUCAGAAUCAGUUUUGCCCCCUCCACCCCACCCCGAUCACUUCCCUGUCCUGGGUCUCACUGGGGCCAGCACUCG